AUGUCACGUUCCCUGAUCUCCGAGUCCCUCCAAUUCCGUUUCAAUCGAUUUCUUCCGAUCACACCUAUCGCGACUACCGGAUUCCUACAACCCUUUGCAAUCUCUCUUAAUAUUCCUGGUUUACUCUCCGACAUUUGGGAAUCUGUCUUGCGUGCCGUUCCCAAGAAGAAGACCUCUCACAUGAAGAAGCGUCAUCGAUUCAUGGCCGGCAAGGCUCUUAAAGACGUGAAGAGCCUCAACAAGUGCCCCGGUUGCGGUCAGCUUAAGCGCGCUCACUUGUUGUGCCCACACUGCGUCAAAGACAUCAAGGAUUCGUGGAGAACCCUGGACACCGCAUGA